CGAUACUGUUAGGGGAGGCUGGAUGCUAUAGCGAAAGGGGUGUGUUAUUUUUAAGGGAUGUCUUUACAUCAAUUUCAGUUGCCUUUUUCCUAAUCUUCCGUUAUUUUUUGAAACAAUCAAUGACAGAAAUAAGAUGGUGCUAAAAAUUCGCGAUCUGAAGGAGAAGUGGGGUGCUAGUGUAUAAAAAAUGCCGCGGUGGUGGUUUUUUAUUUUUUGCUGUAUCGGGGGUAGCAGGGUGAGCGGCAGGACUUGUGGUUGGUUGGUUUAGCAAGGGCCAAUUAUUAUGUCGUGGGAAUCCUUGAAUUCACAACAUGAGUACGUCAGCAGCCGCCUGGGCGGACCCAUGGCUUUGGGUCUGGCCCAUCAGUUGUCCGCCACCCGGCUUCUAUCUUCCCCGGAUGUCAGUAGAUGCCGUAUGGACGAUGAAAUUUGGCCCCCCUGGUCAGACUCCUGUAGCAGCUUGCAUCGCGAGGCGUACGCCGAAGUUAGGGGGGUCAUGGGGUCACCUCCCCCCCGGAGGGAUACGCUUGCCUGUGGGGGUUGUUUCAGAGCGUGUAGGGCCAGGAUACAUCAAAGCAUUGCCAAGCGGAAGAUAGAUCAAGGGUUGCGGUUAUAUAAUCAGCACAAGCAGCAACAAGCUGUAAGGAAAUGGAAAUCUGCCUUAAAAGCUAUAAGGAAAAGAGAAGAUAAGUUUGGUUUACUAGGGUACCUUUAUCAAGCGUAUAUGGAUUGGGGUAAAUACAGGGACGCUUUGGAAUACGCUCAUCGACAACUUUGCAUAUCCGAAGAACUAAAUAGCUCAAACUUACGGGCAGAAUCCGAUUUAAAUAUAGCUAGGGCUCAUCAAAGACUUGGAGCGUUAGAAAGGGCCUUAACUUUUUCACGUCAGUCGCUAUACAACGAUCCUUCUCAACACGGUACGGCUGGUCACGUGCAUCUUACCGUUGGCUCUGUGUACGUGGAACUAGCCGGCUUCAAUAAGGCCCUCGACAGCUUCCAACUUGCUCAUAGGAUCGCCCAAGCUGUGCAUGAUCCUGCUUUGGAACUACAGGUAUACGUAGGACUUUCAGAGCUGUUCAGUAGACUUCAAGAUGCCGACAAAAGUGCAAAAUAUGCGUCUAAAGCUUAUGAUUUGUCGCGAUCUUUGCAGUUAGGGGACUUGAACUCCAGACAUCACAGAGCUGCCUUAUUGCAAAUGGCGUCAGCUUUAAGAAAACAGGGAGAAUUGGGUGACGCUCAUGACUACUGUUCGGAGGCUACAAGACUCGCAUUAGUGUCUGGAGACCAAGCCACAUACGCAAGAAGUAUUAGAAUAAUGGGUGAUAUUUAUAGGAAACGACAAGAUAUAAAUAAAGCCUUCAGACAGUACGAAACUGCCAUGGGAUCAGCGGCAGCCAUGGGAGACAGAGUGAUCCAGAUGGAAUCCAUGGAUGGAGCUGCUAGAUGUCUGGAAGCCUUAAGAUUACAGCACAAAAUCUGCAACUGCAGGCCACUAGAGUUUAACACUAGACUGUUGGAAGUUGCCAGUUCUGUUGGAGCGAAGUUGUUAGUAUUGAAGAUCCGAAUCCGGCUGUCCCGCAUUUACCACGCUUUGGGUGAUGAAGAUCAGAGACUUCAUCACGAAAGGGUCGCCUUCCGAGUCCAAGAGGAGUUGAAGUUACAAUGUGGUGGUUGUGGCUCGCCUUAUGGUAUUGAGAAUGACUCGCUGGAAGCGUUGCCUUGUGCGCAUAUCCUUCAUGCUAGAUGUGCCUACGACUUAUUUAGAAGAAGUAAAAAGAAGAUGAGGUCCUGCCCUGAAUGUGAUCGUACUAGUUCUCGUCUCUACCUGAACUGCAACGACUACAAUAUGACAUAUAGUCCGGUACCAUUAUCCAUAUGCUCCUCUGAUAGCCAUUGUACCUCCCACCAAGCAACUAGUUCCGUAUAAUACGCUUUUUCUACUCAUCAAUAAUGCCUGCUUUAACUGUUGAAUAGUUUUUCUAUUGAAAAUCUUGCAGUUUUGGAUGCCACAUUACGUAAAAACUGGAAAUCUGGUAGUUGCAAGUGAAAACUUCACACUGCGUUGAGACAGCCCAACCGCUGUCAGCGCCAUCUAUGAAAUAAUUGCCCAACUGCAAGACUGUCCAUAUUUGCCUUAAGAACCGCAGGUCGCAGUUGGCUGGCACGGCUUGUGGGUUGCAGGCUCAUAGGUUACCAAAUGGAAGACGCUUUUGGAACAACGGGCAUUGGUACAGGUUUAGUGCUAUUUUGCCAUUGGUUCCGAUAUGUGAGAAGUAUAUGCUGCCCUAGAGCAGAAAAGAACUCGAUAGGAUCAGCAAAGCGGCACGGAUAUUACGAAUCUUGAAAAGUGACAUUAUGUCGAUUUUUUUGACAUUAUGUAGAUUUUUCUACUAAAUGUUAACUUAGCAUUAGGUGAUGGAUACGUGGUGAACUCGUUUUGUAGUUGUACGUGUUGCCUACACGUCAUGGGGCUUUAGUUAUGAAUGUUUGGCUCUGAUGUGAUGUAGAAUCUGCUUCAGAGAUGGCAUUACUGGAGCUAUUGGCAAUACAUAGGUGCAUAGUGAGGAUUUGUGUGCCAGUAAUAUGUGUUCAUGAUAAUUCCAUUGGCUUCUUGUUUCAAAUACACUUACUUUUGAUUCAAAGCUAAAAAUUUGUUGCGCAUAAGAAAAUAAAAUCCCUGGUUGGUGAAGGAAUAGGUGAGAGGAUAUGCUACAGACAGGAGUAUUCAUGAAAGUGAAAAGGUUAUUACUUUUUAUUUCCAGUCAUUUAAAUAUAAUAGAAAUUUAUUUUGCAAUGUCAAUAGAAAAUACAAAUCAGCGCCAAAAUGUGAGGCACUGCGAAAAUGUUUGAUGCGUGAUGCGUCAUUACUAAUUUUUCUGUGAUGUGGCUUAAUUGCACACAACGCGGGAGCGGUGGCGACUUCUCAUAGUGCUCUUCAAAGUUUUUGAAAAUAUAAAAAACAGGAAAAAUCGUAAUUCAUAACUUUGAACAUAACCUGUCUUCAGAAAGGACAACAUAAAUAAAUAAUCCGUCGGGCCCAGCUAAUAGAUAUAUUUAAUUAGCAGCAUAUUCAGUAAUAAUUUUCUCACACCAGACCAAUACACAUAAUCAUCCAGAUGCGAUCGUGCUAUUCAACCAACUUUCUUUGUUUCACAUCUUCACAGAGAUGAAAACUACAGACUACUCGACUUCACAAGACAUAUGCAACCAAUAAUGCGUGUAGUUGAGUACAGUUUGAGGUUAGAAAUUACAAUUUGACAGUUGCAAUUACGUAAUAAGUAGUAGCAGUAUCCAAAUUUGCACAAGCUGACAAGAUUUGCAAUAAGAAUGAUAUUCAAAAAUAUGCAAAGGACUGAGGAUAAUAGAUGAAUUCUAGUUUUCAGGUCGCACAGUAUCUACUACUGUUACUGGUCGUGAAAUAUUCAGAUAGACAUUCUAGCUGUCUGAAGUCACACCAAGGUAUGAUAAAAAUGGUAAACAUGUAUAGCGAAAAGAUUUAUGUGUACGAUAGAAAUGUUUCUAAAAUCAUAUAGAUUUGUUUCAAUGGAAGACCAAAAGUUACAAUUAAAAUUCUAUAAAAAUGGACCAAACCUACAGAACCACGCCAUCCAUUGAAAAAUCACGUUAGGUACAUUUUUCUUCCAUCAGAAUGUGUGUGGUAGCAGAUAUUGUGUCUUCAUUAAAAUAUCAAUGCCUAUUCUAAUAGAUCCGAGGGUCAACCUUAUUUUCAAGGUCAAAUAUAAGGGUUGACCUGCCAGGGGGCUUUAGAACCGGCAUGUUUCCCCUACUCCGAUAAGUAACGUAUGUCUCCACUGGUAAUACACUAAUAUGAUGUACAUGUAGAAAUGUGCCAACAAUAUCUAAAUCAUUAGUUUUUUUAACGAAAAAGAUUUAACAAACAUAUUCAAUUUUUAUUUUGUUCUAUUUUACACAUUUUCAGAGACGUUUGCUUUGUUGUUUAUACAUCUUUACCUAGUUAAUAAAAAUUGUACUUAAAGAAAUCAAGGUGUAAAAUCACGUAUCUGUACUUGGAGAAUAUUGAAUAAAGUUAAGUUCAUUAACUGACAAAUAUAAUGUGAUAUCGAUGCUGUGGUUUCCACACUGAAAAUCGCUAUGUUUAUAUGGAAGCCAAAUGAAACCACAUAUUUUGUUAGAUUGACUGCUCAAUAAUGUUUGUCGUAUUAAAAAGCAUUAUUCACAUAACAAAAUUAUGAAAACUAUGAUCUUUAUAAAAAGAAGACAAAACCUUGAUUAUUCAAUGCAUCGUUAUUCUCCAACUACAGUGUUUAUAUAAAAAUUAAUCUGCGACCUUUGUGAUUUUUUUGCUUUAUAAUAUAAAUUCAAUUUUGUAAGGUUUUUACAUUCCCCUUUUGCAGUAGUAGAUAAGUUUUACUUUAUGUAUACCAAAGAAACUACGACAUAGACGAAUAAGUGAUAGUUGAUAAUUUUGUUAUUAGGGCUAAUGUCAGUACUUCAAUGAAAUUUCGAUGCAAUUACAAGCUUUCUUCUUCUCUAUAAUAGUGAUGUUUCUGUUAUUUAUAGUUAUUCUGCUGUUUUUCUUAACAUGGCUUGCUGAACUGGCCAAUUUAUCCAUUUGACUAUAACACUUGCCAUCAAAUUAGUAAGAGACACGAGACAGUAACCAUUCAGAAAGUGAUUUAUGUUACCGUAUAAGAAUUCAUCUAAUACCUCAUACUUUAAUUCACUAUAUAGCUAUACAGUAUUGUCAGGGAAUCAUUGCGACCAAGUAUUCAAUGUAUAUGAGAGAGAUACAGAAAGGAACCCAAAUGUUAGAGCGAGAGCAAAAACUAGGCGUGCUCGACGCAGAGGACAACGAGUCUGUGGACGGUUCAUCCUCGCUCUCGCUCUAAAAUAUGUGUUUCUCUCUGUCUCUCUUGCUUGUUCACGUUGAAUACUGGACCUAAACGAUUUUCUGCUGAUCUUGUAUAUGAUAUUUUGCUCAGUUCAGAAGCUAUGUUAAGCAGACUCGUUCUGGUUCAUAGACUAAAAAUGUAGAUAAUAAUGAUAAAAAAUAUAUUUCGAAUUUGCACUAAAAAAAUUGCACACGGGUUAUACAUUGGAAAUUUCAUCACAAUCCAAAGCUAAAGAUGAUACUUUCUUAAUUGCAACUUCAACAUAAUUUUUCAGUUACAUAUUCAUCAGGUUACGAUUUUAGGGGAAUUAAAUGUUUCCGUUGACCCUUUUUAAAUUAUUUUAGCAGUGCCUUCUUGGAUGUUUUUAAGGUUUUCUCAGAUUGUAAUGAAAAUUUCCAAACAAUUAGGUAAAUGAAAUAAAAUUUAAUCAACUACGAACAAUCAAU